AUGGGUGAUAAUGCGGAGAUAACAGCUUCUCCUAAGGAGACUGGACAAGAGGAUGGCCUCGAGCCCCACAUAUCCGACCAGCCGCCCACUGCCGCGAACGCCACCGAAGAGCCGGUUUCGGCGCCAACAGAACCUCAAGAUGAUGAACAAACGCGCCAAGAGACUCAGGAAGCCGAAUACCAUGCAAUGGUACUGCCUAAACCAACGUCGGCACCCAAUAAUACACCUGAACCGCCAACGGGUGUCAAAACCGUAGAAGGGGCUAAGCGCAAUGGGGACGGAGAAGUGGAUGACGCGGGCGGCAAGGAAAUCGUUCCAGACGAAAAACCUUCGUUACCGCACAUCUCAGCAUUACUAUCGCUGCCCAGCCAUCAGGAUGAGGCCGGCGGUAACUCGCCAAGUUCUAUCCUCAGCAGGCGAAACGUGUUUACCACGAGUAGCUCCCGCGAAUCGAAAGAGGUGGUCAGCCCGGGCCGUUUCCAUUUCAACAGCAACCGGUCGGCGACUGACCCCCACGCGCCACAAGAGAACAACAACAAGAUCAAUAUAUCGUCGCUGCUCAACUCGCGUGGUGGUGACGAUGUCUAUACAUUGCACACUCAAGAUGACACCACAGAAGGGGACGAAGGUGGCUCAUCGCCUGCACUGGGGCGCGCCGGCGUGCUUCAGGAGGAGGAGCAAAUUCCAGACCCACCGAAAUAUAUCAACUCCAAGCUAGAUGAGAUGCGAUCGCGACUCUUGUUGGGUCCCCGCAGUCGAAACAGCGUGUCACCUCGUGAUGACGAUCUGGGCGCGGCCGCCAUUAUAACCAAAAUGAGAUCAUCUCCGUUUGCACAAAAUUCACCAGGUGAGCUCCCGUCCAUCAGUUAUGGUUUGAAUGCUUUACCACCUCUCAUACCUUCUGCAGUUUCAAGCCGACCCGGCUCUGCGUCGUUCAGGUCUCAUACGCGUCCGGUUGUUCGCAUAAACCAACGAGAGUACGAGCCUGAUGAAAGUGACGAGCAAGCGGUUAUCGAGGACGAUACCGAAGACGAAUAUUUGCCAGAUCAUCAGAAGCGUGACUGGGACAAGAUUACCUGGAAUAAGAGCGGCAUGAAAAAACGAGUCACACGCAGGCAAUCUGCACCUACUCAUGACUUCAAACGUCGUCGCUCUAGUCAAGUAGACAAAAACCGCACGUCGCGACAUUCUUCCAAUUCUUCAACUUCAACUGUCACUUCCCUAUUAUCGGCUGCUGCUCUUUUAGGAAAAGUUCCAGCAGUUAAAACCACCGAAAAGCUUCUACCAGAGGAAGAGUCACCUAAAGAUAAACCUAAGCGUAAAAAUACGUCGGGGUCUAGAUCCAGAAGUGGGUGUUGGAUUUGUCGGUUACGGAAAAAAAAAUGUUCUGAAGAAAAGCCCCAUUGCCAUAACUGCCUUCGUCUGAACUUGAAAUGUUACUAUGACAUUGUAAAGCCUGACUUCAUCUCUAAUCCCGCCAAAAAGAAUGAAAAGUUGGAAGAGAUUAAGAAGAAGACCAAAGAGGCAAAGCGCUUGGCAAUGAGGCGGAAACCUUGA